GUGGGUGUGAAUGGCCAGGGGCACAACCCAGCUUUGUGUGGGCGGGGAGGCCUGGCAGAGGCGCAGUGCCAGUGGCGGGCACAGGGCACGGCCCAGCGUGUGCACAGCGCGGCGGCGGGGCCUGUGACCGCCCGGCUGUGUCAGGUGACUCGGGUCACGCAGACUCUCGCUCGCUCCCGUGGGAGGACGCGGGGCUGCGGCUGCUCAGCUCCCAGCGCCGCCCGGCCCGGCCGCGCAGCCCCCGGGGAGGGGAUCGAAUCGGGACCUGCCGCGGCCGCGAUGAGCCAGGGGCCGAGGAAGCCGCCGGAGGAGGAGGAGGGGGAUGAGCUCGUUGGGCUGGCGGACUACGGGGAUGGGGCCGAGUCCUUCUCGGAUGGAGCCCCGGAGCCCGGCGCCGAGGAAGCUUUUCUGGAUUUCAGUGACCCCUUCAGUACUGAAGUUAAGCCAAGAAUCCUACUCAUGGGACUGAGAAGAAGUGGAAAGUCGUCCAUUCAGAAAGUUGUCUUUCACAAAAUGUCUCCAAAUGAAACCCUUUUCUUGGAGAGCACUAACAAGAUCUGCAGAGAGGAUGUUUCCAACAGCUCCUUUGUUAACUUUCAGAUAUGGGACUUUCCUGGGCAAAUUGACUUCUUUGACCCUACUUUUGAUUAUGAGAUGAUUUUCAGAGGAACUGGAGCACUGAUAUUUGUCAUAGAUUCUCAGGAUGAUUAUAUGGAGGCCUUGGCUAGGUUGCAUCUCACUGUGACCAGAGCUUAUAAAGUGAAUCCAGACAUCAACUUUGAAAUCUUUAUUCAUAAAGUGGAUGGUUUAUCUGAUGAUCACAAGAUUGAAACCCAAAGAGACAUUCACCAGAGGGCAAAUGAUGACCUUGCAGAUGCUGGAUUGGAGAAGAUUCACCUCAGCUUUUAUCUGACAAGCAUAUAUGAUCAUUCUAUAUUUGAAGCCUUUAGCAAAGUGGUACAGAAACUGAUUCCACAGCUCCCAACGCUGGAAAACCUCCUUAACAUCUUUAUCUCAAUCCUGAGUCUGCUGCCAUUGAAGUCAAUGGAAAUUUCCAUUCAGUGGAACAAGGAGUCGGAACAGAAUUCUGGGAUUGAGAAAGCAUUUCUGUUUGAUGUGGUCAGUAAAAUCUAUAUUGCAACAGACAGUACUCCAGUGGAUAUGCAAACUUAUGAGCUCUGCUGUGAUAUGAUAGAUGUGGUUAUUGAUAUUUCUUGCAUCUAUGGGCUCAAAGAAGAUGGUGCAGGCACACCUUAUGACAAAGAGUCAACAGCAAUUAUAAAACUGAACAAUACAACUGUCCUUUAUUUAAAGGAAGUGACAAAAUUCCUUGCUCUUGUUUGCUUUGUGAGAGAAGAAAGUUUUGAGCGAAAAGGACUAAUAGACUACAACUUCCAUUGUUUUCGCAAAGCCAUACACGAAGUAUUUGAAGUGAGAAUGAAAGUAGUGAAAUCUAGAAAACAUCAGAGUCAGAUGCAAAGAAAUAAAAGAUCCACCCCUAAUGGCACACCUAGAGUACCACUGUAGCAGUGGAUCUUAUGGCAAUAGAAGUUCUGUUCUAUUGACAACAAGGCUCCUGUUGCACUGACUGAAGAAGAUAAAUGGGCCUAAUGUAUUACAUGGAUUUUCCUCCCAACACCUCAAAAAAGCACUGUUUAAAUAUUUUUAUCCAGUCAGUUUUUUCAUAGUGAGAGCACUUUGAGCAAAAUAUUGUAUAUAAAUAUUGAGGUGAAUAUAUGUUCUUGUAAGAAUUAUCUUAAUAUAUGCUGUAAAAGUUUUUUUCCAGGCCAUAUUCAGAAAAAUCAGUUGUGACAGAAAUGUUGGGUACAUAAUAUGCACUUUUUUCAUGUUCUCCUUGUGAAGUUAAACUUUGAUAAACUUAGUUUUUUAUGCUGAUUUUCAUGCAUAGUGUCAGGUAAAAUGUAUAGUGCAGUUUAUGUACAUGCUACAAUCAAAUUGCUUAGUAAAAAAAUCAAGAAAACUUGAUAUAAUUACUUUUUAAAAAUUUGACAGAAUACAUUACAUUCAUACAAAUCUAACUUCAUAUAUUUUUUCAAUUUGUAAGUUGAAAAUUCUUAUUUUGAAGUUUGAUAGCAAUAAGAGCCUUACCAACUGGUAAGUAAAAAAUAGUUUUUGUAAAAUAGUCUUCUGGCAAAACUUUACCCAAACUUCUCCAUAACACUGGUAAUGCCCUAUCAUUUGGGCUUUUUAUUGUAUUUUACCUCAACAUAUAUCUUCAAAAUAACUUUCUAUAAAGAUAUUAUUUUGUAAUACUGCUUUGUUGCAUUGGUAUUUUUAUAAUAAUUCAGGAACAGUGUAUGUAAAUGAAGGACUUUAUUUAUAUGCUUAGUUUAAGAAUCUGAUCCUCUACAGUCAGAGGAAGAAAAUACUUUUAUUUAAUUUCUGCCAUGCCAAUAUAAUAUAAAGUUUCAGGUAUAUUAAGGCAAAAUCCUAAAGCUGCUCAUACUGGGGACCAGUCCUGUUUACUUUACUUGACUCAAAUUUCCAUUUGGUUUCAGUGGGAGUUCUUCUUAAGUAAGGACUGAAGGAUUGGUCUCUUUUACUUUAACCUUUGUGGCUGUAGCUACGUUCUAUUUUAACACUUAUCACAGUGGCAAAUCUGCCAUUGCAGCAGGUAUGGCACUGCACACCCUCCCCCCAAAAAGGAGGUUGGGGGAAGUAAACUUACCUUCUUAAUUCUGUAUUCUUUUAAUAGUUGUAGCUUAAAGAACUGCUCUUCCAAAUGAAAGAGUACACAGGGAGCAGCAGCUCCUGUAUCCACGCCUCCUACAUAGGUCUUAUGUACUCGUAGCUCUAGAAAAGCUGCAAGAAUUCACAGAAUAACUUGCUGGCCAGAAAAGAUAAUGGAGGAGCACUUUUGAAAGUUUCCUUUGUUAUAAAGCACACAUUUAGUUAAAACAAAUGUAAUAUUGCACCUUUAAUUGUGGCCUAGGACCAGCAGUAUUUUCUAGCUUAUGACAGCAAUGGAGAGCACUUACCAAGAGGAAACAGACAUUGAGAGAAUAGGUGAAUACAUACACUAUACUAUUUUAUAAGACCAUCUUGAAAAAACAUCUUGAAAUGUCUUAUGCAAUUCUUUAGUUUAUGUUACUGUGCCAAACAUCAUGGUAGUAGAGUUCUAGCUGAGAUGGAAGAUAAGAAUGCAAUAUGUUUAAUUUAAUAUUAAUUUAAGAAGAAAGUAUUGGCUUGUAACCCUACAUUGCUGCCUAAUGUACAUGAUUUUUCUGUUUAUCUUUUAGUCUGUAAAUGGUUCCUUUGGUCCGAGUUUAUUGGAUAGAAAUGGUGUUUUUAAGACACAAAUUUAAUCAACAAAUGGAUCCUUUCUAGUGAAUCUGAUAAAUGUUGUGAAAAAUGUGUCAAAUGUAUGGUUCUAAGAACUAUAUGAAUGCUUAGGAAAGAUUAAAAGUUCUUAUAGUACCCAAAAGUGGUACAUCAUUCCAGUGUGAGGAAUAGGGGCUGUAGUAGUACACUGUGAUGUAUUGGUUAAAAAGGAAAGAAAUGGGAAAUUCAUGAACUAAGCUUCAUAUUCCCCAAAUGAGAGGUGGGUAAACUCUUUACCUGGGAUUACAUAAUUGGCACAGAUCUGAGAGGGAAGAGGGCUCCAAAAAAUACCAGGAAGAGCGAGCUCCUCCCAGUAGUACUCUGACACUAUCUAGUUUUUUGUUUUGUUUUGUUUUUGUUUUUGUGUUUGGUUUUUUGUGGUGGUGUCAGGGGUAGCUGCCUGCUGCCUAACUAGUAACAUCUCCUUUGGAAGUAAAUACUGUAGUCAUGUCAGUGAGUGUUCCCUUGUAUUCUCCCCUCCAUGGCACUUCCCCAGAAGAGCAGUCAUAAUUUGGGCCAUAAUGUGCGCAUAUUUAUCUCCCUCUUCUGUCACAAAGGUGUGUCAUGAGUAUGAGUCUUCUCCACUUCACUUCUCUCAGAUGUAUCUGGUUAUGUGGGGCAAGGAACAUAUCCAGUGCGGUCCCUGGAUGGGACCAGACACUUCAAAGUCUGGGUUUUUUACCCCCUGUCCUAGAGAUACUGCUGUGGGAAUAAGGACUGAAGACGUUACUUAAGGUAUCUGCUAUCUUUAUGUAAGCAUCAACAUUUUUCCACUAAACACACAAUCACUGUAUCACAUAUAUAUAUGGAGACACUGUCAAAUUAGUUAAGCCUUACAUUUUACAUUAUGUUGUAUAGUAUAGUGUCACCACUAUAGAGGAUGACUCGUGCAGCUAUGAUAUAAAACUUCCACUUGGAUAACAUCAGGGUAAAAAUCAAAUAAUCUUACCUAUGUUACAAAUAAUAUGUUGGUUUAUUAAAACGGAAAGAA